GGCCGGUGUUGAAAAUCGAGUGCACCUUUAUUUUGCCGCGAGAUACACUUCCCAUGCUUCAACUCGAGCUGUUGUGUUCAAAUCCCUUUUGGACUGCUGGGCUUUAUUCCACCUUUUAAUCCGAUCAGCGGAGCUUCUGUCCUGCUGCAGCUUUGUGACUUCCCUCAGAGACUCUGGUGUCAACACACCCGUGGCCACACCUCUUUGACUUUAAGAUGGAAGCUACCGGUGAGGGCCCGGUAAUGGCAGUGGAUGGUAGCGGCCCGCAGACCCCCCACUGUGAUACAAGAUGGUCACGGCAACUGUCAGGCCUUCCUCGCAAGCUCCUGCAGCGCUUGAUGUCUUUCCAAAGGGAGGGCGUGGAUUUCGCUUUAUCCAAGAACGGACGAUGUAUGAUUGCUGAUGAGAUGGGUCUUGGCAAGACGGUGCAAGCCAUCGCGGUGGCAUAUGCUUUCAGGGAAGAGUGGCCCCUCCUGGUAGUGGUGCCCUCGUCCCUGAAGUAUCCCUGGAUCGAGGAGCUGGAGCGCUGGAUUCCCGAGCUGCAGCCCGGAGACAUCAACCUGGUGGAGAACAAGAGCCACACCAUGGGUAUCAGCAGCAGUAAGGUGACGGUGCUCGGCUACGGCCUCCUCACCACGGACGCACGCCUCUUGGUGGAGACUCUGAGCAGGCAGCGCUUCGCAGUGGUCGUGGUGGAUGAGUCGCACUACCUCAAAUCCCGGAACGCGGCGCGGACCAAGCUUCUGGUGCCUCUCAUUCAGAGCGCCAAGCGUGCCAUCCUGCUCACCGGCACACCGGCCCUGGGUCGCCCUGAAGAGCUUUUUAUGCAGAUUGAUGCACUUUACCCCAAAAUGUUUGGAACCUGGACCGACUACGCCAAGAAAUACUGCAACGCCCAUUACAGGUACUUUGGGAGCCGCAGGCAAUGGGACAGUCGCGGGGCGUCCAACCUGGAGGAGCUGCACCAGCGACUUAGCCAGAUCAUGAUCCGUCGCCUUAAGGCUGAGGUGCUAAGUCAGCUUCCCCCCAAAAUCCGCCAGCGCAUCCCCUUCGACCUUCCAAAAGAGGCUGCAAAGGAGGCCGUGGCCAGCUUCGCCGAGUGGGAGAGGCUAAUGAAGGGAGGCGGGUCGGAGGUCGGCGCCAAUGACAACUCCUUCGCUGAGGUCAUGAGCCUGAUCACACAGAUGUACAAGCAAACAGCAAUUGCCAAGGCUGGAGCAGUGAAGGACUAUAUCAAAAUGAUGCUGGAGGCAGAGCACCUCAAGUUCCUGGUGUUCGCCCACCACCUCACCAUGCUGCAGGCCUGUACUGAGGCCGCCAUCGAGGUGAAGGCUGGUUAUAUUCGUAUUGAUGGAAGCGUUCCGUCCGCUGAAAGAAUCCAAUUAGUCCAUAAGUUCCAGAACGACCCCGAGACAAGAGUGGCCAUCUUAAGCAUCCAAGCAGCUGGACAGGGCUUGACCUUCACCGCCGCCAGCCAUGUGGUGUUUGCAGAGCUCUACUGGAACCCGGGGCAAAUCAAGCAGGCUGAGGAUCGCGCCCACCGCAUCGGGCAGACGUCGUCCGUCAACGUGCACUACCUGAUCGCCAAGGGUACCUUCGACAGCGUCAUGUGGUCCAUGCUCAACAGGAAGGAAACCGUGACGGGCAGCACUCUGAAUGGAAGGAAGGAGUACCUGAAGGCGGAGGAAGGGGACAAGGACAGGUGGGACUUCCUUAACUUUGCCAGCGCAUGGACGCCGAGCGAGAUGCUGCUUCCCUUGCAGGGAACCACUGGGCUGAAGGCCGAGGACCAAGUCUACUUCACUCAUUUUGAAAAGGAGAAACAGCAUGACAUUCGGGACUUCUUCUCCCCGGGUGGCGGCAAGGAGAAGAAGAGGAAGCGACUCCAAGAUAACGAGUCGCCCUCCGUUUCCUCCGAAAAUCCUGCAAGUUGCAGUGGAAGGAACUCUGAGGGAAAGACGGAGGAGGAGGAAACGUCGGCCACAGACGACGACGACGACGACUUUUCUCCACAGUUGAAGAGGAACCGGGUCUUGCGGACCAGCCCCAGCCUGAGAUCUGCAUCCAGGGGCAAGAAACGGUUGCCCCAGGUCUCGGACCAUCAGGAGGCGUCGGAGUCGGGCGCUUCCCCCCGGACUUGGGCCUGCGGGGCAUGUACGUACUCCAACAGCCCCCUGCUGCCUUACUGCGAGAUGUGCGACGGGCCACGCUCCUCAUCAGAGCCAGCCGGGCCUCCGCCGCCACUUUCAGCCGAGGAGGAGCAGGCUCGCCACGUCCUGUCCAAAUCCGACAGAGAACCGCCGCGGUUCAGCCCGCCGAAAUCCGCCGCUCCCGAACGGCGCAAAGGCAAACAGAGCGAGGAGGAGGCGGAUGAGCCUCCAGAAGACAAACAGAGAGCGGGAGACGCAGAGGGGGGGCACAAGCGGCGGCUCGAAGGCAAACAAUCAGUGAGCGAGCAAGGUGGCAGCGGCGGUGGCAGCUGCGUCCUCUCUGACCACACUCACGAACGCAGGGCGUCUAAUACAAGCGACAAUGACGAUGACAGCGAUACCACCACCAAUGCUGAUCCUGGAUACCCGGGUCUGCAGUUCUGCGCCAGCCAGUACACGGACCGAAUAUAUCUGUAUGAUAAGGACGGCGCUCCGUUAAACUUCAGCUUCAUCCCCCUGGACAUCAAACUAACCAACUGGGACGACCUGCCCGAGGACUUCAGCCGGCACCGGGAAAAUCGAAUACAGGUUCUACGCUUCGUGCAGGAGUGGAGUGGCCUGGCGGCCAUGAAGCAGAAGCUGCUCAGACGCAGCCGGCUCCUCUUCCACAGCCCCUCCCUCGGCCUUCAGCAGCUGGCCGCCGCUCAGCGACCUCACAGCAGCACCAAGAGGUAUCUGAGCCGGGACGAGGUGGCCCGGGCCUCGCUGAGCAAGGCCCAGCAAGAAGGAGGCAGCGUGCGGCUGCUGGUCAAGGAGAACUUCUUCACCAAGAGGAAGUCGACCUCGUCGCUAAGUUCCCCCAACUCGGACAGCUCCGAGAAGCCGGUUAGCGAGCAGCCGUCGCCCGGUGUCCUGCAGGCGCUGGACCGCCACGGCGUCCCUCUCUGCCUGUCCUGUCAGAAACCCUGUUCCACCCCCGCCGCCGGGGCCUGGGACUCCCGCUUCUGCAGCCUCAGAUGCCAGGAAGAGUUCCAGUUGCGCUCCAGUGGCGCGUACAUGCGCAGCCGGGUGCUGGAGGCGGAGCGGGGCGUCUGCCAGCUCUGCGGCCUCCACGCCCACGACCUGUUUGUGAAGGUCCGAGAUGCGCCGCCGUCCCGGCGCAAGGAGAUGCUGGAGAACACCUGGCUCGCCCAGCUGCCACUCAAACAGCUGAACGAGAUGAUCCGCGCUCCGGUGGAAGGCGACUUCUGGCAGGUGGACCACAUCCGUCCGGUGUACAGCGGAGGAGGGCAGUGCUCGCUGGACAACCUGCAGACUUUGUGCACCGUCUGCCACCGAGCUAGGACGGCGAAGCAGGCCAAGGAGCGAAGUCAGAUGAGGAAGAGCUCCGCCGCCUCCAAGGUCGCCUCCGACAUCAGCAAAUUCUUCAUCAAGAAAUGAAUGAAACGAAAAAAGGCCAAACUACUUUGUUGAACAGCAAACAGGGACAGCAACCGGUUUCCCCUCUCGUCCCCGAACCGUCAGAAGUGCGCUGGGAUUUGAUUUAUGGCCGCCUCCUUUCUUUUUCUUUUUUUUUUUCUGCUUGCGGCGUAAAUGGAGCAGCUUUUGCUUUGGAGACGCGCUGCUAUUUUCAGAUUUUGCAAACUUAGUGCAACGUUGCAGGUGAGCGGAGUAGCGGGUGAUUAAGAACGCCGCCUUUCAACAAGCAACGCCUUGUUCCCUUUGGAAAGAUAAACGAGGGUCUUGUGGAAUUAUAACAAUUUUUUUUUCUAGCGGAGGGUGUACAAACUUUUUCCACUUGAUAUUUUUCAUUUUCAAAAUCUUAAUCUUUAGGACCCAGAAGGGCCUCAGUCAUAAAAAUGUUACAAGUAAGUUGCAUAUUACUUUUUAAAAUGUUUUUAUUCAGUGCCUAAAUCUCACGAUCAACUUAUUAGUUUGUUGAUGUAAAUUUUUUUAAAUUUUUUUACGUGUUUCGCUUUUUAUGGCAAAAACACAAAAUAUGCUUGGUAUGCAUGGUAAUAAAAAAUUGAAAAUGAUCUGUCGAGGGUACACUUACUGAUGAUGAAAACUUGUAUUUGUGAUUAAUCGCGAUUAAUUUUGAUUCAACUCUGAACAAACUGUGAUUAAUUGUGAUGAAU